CAUUUCCCAACGCUUCGGAUCUCGCAUCGACGUCCUCUUGCGCGCGACCUUCGGACACAGCGCCUCCAGUCUCCACGGUCGGCGGCUGCCUGGACGUAGCCCAGGCAUUCACAUCACGUCGGCCCUCUACCUUGGAUGUUUGUUCAAGGGGAUGACUGUGACGGCAUUGCCGCCUUGGAAGCCUGGGGAGAAGCUAGAUCUGUAUAUCCACUGGGGGAUUUCUAUCGAGAGGACGAUGAUGUGAUGAGAGGGAUUACGAUCAGCACCCCAGACAUGCCCGAACCUCGUGAGAGCUUUAAUCUGCCAGAGGUUUUGGCGCCCCGUGACUGGAUGAAACCUUUCAAGGGGAGCUCGUCAGAGGUUGAACACCGGGAUGGAGAUGCAGCGCUGGUGUUUCACGAAUCUGAUGUGCUUCCGAAGUUUCCAGAGAGCCACUUAGUGGAGGCCAAGACGGUCUAUCUCAGCACUGAGGUUCCUUGUUGGAAGCUUGGCAAUCGAUUGCUAAGUUUCCUCAGAGAGAAGGCGGUUUCACACAUCAAAAAGGUCAAUAAAAAGAAGUAUACAGUGAAGGCACAGGUGCUUUGCAACGGUCUCGUUUGUGAGAUCAAAAUACGGGCUUAUCGCUCAGCCAAAGAGAUAGCGGUGGUCGUGCAUCGACUUGGAGGCGAUAGCAUCGCUUUCAACGCGUUGUUCCGACUGCUGAAGCAGGACUUGACCACUGGAUUGCCAUUGGAACUGAAGGCAGAGGCCGACGUUUCACCGUGUUCACCCGAGAUUCCAAGCGAGGUGCUUGAGAUUGCCCACACUGCCGUUCGACACGGACCGGCCGUCGUUCCGAGUGAGGACGCCUUUUUGGAACCGAUCAUUGAUGCUGCUCACAAUGCCGACGACACCCAAGCACAGGCAGAAGCCGCAGCCUCCCUGGCAGCUGCAGCCGAGGACACCGGCACUGUGAUACAGCUUUGCAAUGAGAAAGCACAAAAGGCCAUUGAGAAACUGCUCAAGGUCAACUGCUUUGAGGUUUCCUGUCAAGUCGUUCGUUUCAUCAUGAAGUUGGCGGUCGCGCCUGGGGCAGAGGCCUUCUUCAAUGGAGAGGGUCUACUUCACCUUUUGCAAAGGAAGGUCUCCGACCUGGGGGCCGGGAAGAAGCUCAGAGUCCAGCUGUCGCAGACUGUGGAGAAGCUGCUGCGAACGCAGGUCCGACUCGCAGCUCACCGCUAAAGGUGGCCGCUGUCACAUGCGUGGUGUUCGUUCACCUGCAGACAGCUGGUUACCCGGGUCUGACUGGGGCACAGAGACAGGUGCGGGAGGUCAGGCCCCGCAGAUACCGAAACUGGCAAUGGAUGGCGCUUUUUCAAUGCUGGUGACUCCAAUUUGUUGUUGGUUCACCAUGAACGUGGUCUAUGGAACUGGCGUAAAUGAAGCCUU